AAACACUUGCUUGCUCUGAAUUCAUACUAAAUUAUGCUGCUUACAUAGGCAUAUGCAUAACAGUGUAUAUAUGUAAUAUAUAAUACUACAUGGGUGAAUGUGUUUAAUACGACAUUAAUUAGUUCAAUGAAUAAAAACAUACAUAUAUUCAAAAAAUACAACUAAUAUUUUCUCCUAAGGGUUAUCAUAUAUACAUAUAUAUAUAUAUAUAUAUAUAUGUGUGUGAGGUGACGAAAAUUUAGACAUCAUAAAUCAAAGAAAAUUAUAGAUGGUCGCAUAAAUGAAAUAUAUAUAUAUACAUAUAUAUAAUGUGACAAUUUGUGAAGUCAGAUAAAUUAUUGUAUAGAAAAUAAUAAAUAGUAUGUGAUGCUAAAAAACAAAACAGUGUUGGUAAUAUGCUCUCUCAUGCUUUAAAAAAAACCAAAAAUAAUUGUGUGUAAAGUCUUCUAAACUCGAAAAAAACUCACGCAACAGCAACAAAAAUUAUUAAAUGGCAAGUGCUUCAAAAUAUUUCUUAAAUUUUUGAUUAAAAUCCCAAUGGAUUUAGUUAUUCCUCGGCCAUUGUUUAACGGAAUAUUAUACUCCAAACUAUAAACAGUUAGGAUAUCACGAUCAAACAACAACAUCAACAACAACACCGCAACGUAACAGCAAGCACGGAUUAUAUUUCAUAUUAAAGUUAUUUAAUGAUGUUUUCUAAAUGAUUUUUUCAACAAAUACAAAGUCUAGAAAUUUACGCUAACUUAAACUCGCCCGUCGUUGUUACUAACUCUACUUGAGGUUGCACAAAAUGACGCUGAUUUUCGUAUUAUUCCUGAUUAGUUUCUUCAAUUUGCUGGAUUAUACGUUUAGUUUGCGUCUGGUGGAAGUACGAAUACCGAACUAUGUUAUUAAAGGUUCAACGGCGCAAUUGGAAUGUCUUUACGAUUUGGACGGUGAGGCUCUGUAUUCAGUUAAAUGGUACAAAGAUGGUAACGAAUUCUAUCGAUAUGUGCCAAGGGAUAUGCCACCAGCACAAACAUUUUUGCUACCAGGUGUUUCAGUUAAUGUUCAUAAUUCAAGCGAUGCCAUAGUUACGUUACGGGAAGUGAACCUACAAACAGCCGGACGAUUUCGUUGCGAAGUAUCCGGCGAGGCGCCUUCCUUUCAAACAGUAACCGAGCAUGGCGACAUGGUAGUAGUUUCUUUACCGGAUCAAGGUCCACCCAAGAUAUCAGGUGGACGUCCUCGAUAUCAAAUCGGUGACUGGGUUCGCAUAAACUGCACAGCUGGUCGCUCUAAGCCAGCUGUACAACUAUCAUGGUUUAUAAACGGCGAAGUCGCCGAGCCGCAAUAUUUACGAAAAUACAAUACAAUCUUGUCAGGUCGCGAAGGCUUGGAAACGUCUGUAUUGGGUUUACAAUUCCGUGUCGAACAACAUCACUUUCGCAAUGGCGAUAUGAAACUUAAGUGCGUUGCUUCUUUGUCGACAUUUUAUUGGCGAAGCAAUGAAGAGUCAGUGGAAGGCGAUCGUCCGCAAAAAGCACCCGUUUUAGAAUCACGCGAAACGGUUUACGCUAGCAACUCUCGUGCAGAUCCCGUACAAGGUAUGUCAUUGCGGGAAAGUUUUGUUACCAAAAUCUUAUCGUUUUUCAUUCAACCAAAUGCAGCCAGUAAAUCGGACUCAACGCUUUUAUUGAAAACAUCAAAUACAAUUAUUUUAAUAAUUACCACUUUAAUAACAAGCUACGGUUGUUUAGGACGUUUACUGGGCAUAAAACAUAAUUGCAUUAAAUUAACAUUACAACAUAAAAAAGUAAAUAGAAAACCAAUUUAUUGUUAUGAAAAAUUAAAGAAACAGCAACAACAACAACAACAACAUGAACAACAAGAACAUUAUCGUCAUCAUCAUCAUCAUCAUCGUCAUCAUGAUGAAGAAUCUGAUGAUAAUACAAAGAAUGAGUUGUAUUUUAAUAAGGAAAUGUCAAGACUACUGCUUCAAUUACUUCUACUGCCAAUGCUAUUAUUACUGUACAUACAUACUCAAGAGUUUACAAUUGCAACAACUUCCGUUUCCUCAGCAAAACAAUUGACAACCGACAAAGUCAACAAUAACAACAGCAAUAGCAGCGAAGCUACGACAUCCGUCAGUGCGGUUGCCAUUCAAGUCGACACUAUCGCUCAAAACCAUACUCUAAAAUCAAGGUAGCUGCUUAAUUAAAUGGAUUCUAAAGAUACUUUUCUUUUCCUCCUCCUUCGCUUUCUUCUUACAUUCUCUUUCUAUGAGCGAAAACGAAAUGACUUUUAAACAAAAGAGAAUUACUUUUUCUUCAAAUUUUUUUUUUUUU